GUGUGUGUGUGUGUGUGUGUUUUUACGGUGGGCAUUUUGAAGGAAACAAACAUGGAACAAAGAUUACAUCCUAACACUGCUCGGAUUCUCAUUCCUUUACAAUCAAAGCACGAAGUACUGAACCUUUGAGAGCGAUGUCCGACUCUCGCGUUUCCAAAUGACGCCACUGGAAUGUUUUGAUGAAAACACUUGGUUUCCUGUAGAGUAGCCUGGGGGCUCCGCACCCUCGUUUGUGCUUGCUUGGUGGGACUGCCAAAACCAGAAAAUCAGAAUCGGAGGGACUGUACCUAGGAUGGAGGGCACAGUUCAGAAAAAAGGGAAGAGCCGGGGAGAGGAUUGCAUCGCGACGGCUAUUGACUUCCUGUUGGCCAAUGCCAGGCUAGUGCUUGGGGUCGGGGGAGCUGCUGUGCUGUGCAUCGCUACACUGGCAGUGAAACGGCUGAUUGACAGAGCCGCCCGUCCCCCAGGUGAAGAUGAGAAACCAGAUCAGAAGAGCAUUAGCGAGACCUGGGAGGAGCUGAGCUUGGCUGGUGCUUCCCCUAAAAUGCUUAAGAGGGGGCUGGAAAACUCUGUGAAGAAAAGCUUACCAGCUGUAAUCAAAAUAGAAAAAGAGGCCUGCAGCGGUUCCAGUGCGGCUGAGGCUCCGAAGCUGGAGAUCUGCCGGGUUCCGCUGUGCGUCACUCUUCAAGAGAAGCUCCUGCACUAUUACCAGAGUCACGUGACGCUCUCCGAGUCGGAUGUGGGCCAGGCCAAGCAGAAAGCCCUGGACGUCUGCAUGGAGAUCCAAGCUUUCCUCCGCAGCAAGCAGCCCGACAUGCCACUGGGGGAGAUGUCUCUGGGCGGCUCGCUGUUUGACGACCUUCAGGUUGUCUCCGCUGAUCACGCUUGUCUCCUGGUGCCUUUGCUGAUCGAAGAAAAGUUCUGGUAUUUUGUUCCAGGGGAGGAGACCAUCCUCAACACCCCGCAGUUCUGGAUGGUCAGACGGACAAACCUGGAGUUCUUUGGUCGGGGGAGCAGCUACUGGGAUAAAUUCAUUGUGGGGGGCUACCUGUCCUCCAACGCUGUCAAUGAGUCUUUGCACAAACUAGUAAUGGGGUCCAUGAAUUGGCCAGCCCUAGGCAGCAUGUUGGACUGCACCAUCAGGCAAGUGAUGGGGUCCCAGGAACUGAAGCUAGAAAUCCAACAGGAACAAAGCCAGCUUUUCAUCGAUAUCUUGCCAAUAAUAAGGUUCGAGGAGACGGUGCUGACGUCCCAGCCAGAGAGCAAAGGAAACUUUGAGAACCUAUGGUGCCGGAGCUUUUACACGGAUCAAGCCACCAAGCUCAGGGACCUGGACGCGUCCGAUUCCGGUCUCCGGCUAUGUUGCCUGAAAAUCCUCAAAGCGGUCUGCAAAGACCAGCCAUCCCUGAGAAGAGUGACCGGCGGGCAUCUGGUCAAUGUCAUCCUGCACCUCAGCGACACGGAGUCAGACUGGAGUGAAGCAGCCCUGGCUGACCGGUUCCUGCAAGUUAUCACGGAGGUGACUGGCUACCUGGAGCAGGGGUUCCUGCCCAGCUACUUCAACAGUGCCGUGAACCUGCUGUCUGAACUGUCUGCAGAAGAGAUUGAUGAGAUUGGGUAUACCUUCUAUUGCGCUUUGUCUAACCCAGAUAUGCUGCUUCAAAGAUGAGUAUAAAGUGAUGAUUCAAAAGCACGGAUGGACAAAGUUUUCAUGCCAGGGGCCCUUUUGUUUUAAUUCUAGCGGCUCUGGCGUUGGUACUUUCAGUUGCAGUGUGAGACGCUUUUUCUAGUGCUCGAUUUCAGCAUGCAAUGUAUUAUUUGGAGGUUAUUUUUGUUAUUUCUUUUUUUUUUUUCGGUGAGGGAGUUAUUUAGACAGUUGAACGUUGUAUAUGUGUGUGAAGCUUUUUCUAACGAGUUGCUUUAUAAAUCGAAACUAGCAAGUCAAUUCAAUGCCUUUUUUAAAAGUGAACUGUUCUGAUGCUCCAGUAACUCCUUCUAAAUGGCUUGCACGAAUUUUACAAAGACAGAUCUGAAAAGGAAGAACUAUCUGAUUUGGACCUGUGCUUUUGUUGGUUACAGGUCAGUGGUAAAACAAGGAAAGGGUACUGUGAUUUGCUCUCAAGUUGAACAAAAAACCUUUUCAGCAUUGCACAGGCAGGUGGUCAUUUGGGGAUUGUGGCCAAAGAGAAUUGCAUUUUGAAGAGUUUUUUUCUCCCCUCAGCUGUCUGUAUGGUUUGUCAGUUAAUGAGAAAUUCUCCCUCAUGGAAACUACUUGGCUGUCAAUAGUUCUGUAGAAGUGUUGAACUGAGAAAUAGGCAUUGUUUAGUAUUAUGAAAUGUAUUUUUGUCUUUUAGAAUUGAAAUAUUAACUCAUACUAAGUGUUUCAUACUAAAAUAUUUUCUCUUCCAUGUAAUUUUGAAUUCAUUUUUGUUUAAAAAAAAUCUUUCACCACUUGGUGCACUUCAAACCUAAGUCUGUUCUAUACAGCUGGCAGUUUGAUACGCUGCUAGAUUGGUAGCUAACAUGAGCUUGUCAUUGUUGGAACAGAGUUCUAGCUGUGUGACAGUGGAGUUCAAUAGUUUUAAAAUGAUAUAUUCAAUAAAGCUUUAACUUGGGCUAAAAACUAA